GUUCCGUCGCGUCGGCGCGUUCGCAACACAGAACAACUGCGCGUUAAUUAUUAAUAAUAAUAAUACGUUAUUAGCAUUAAGCAGUUGCACAGUAAUAAACGCGCCAACACAAGUUGCCAUACACAUCUAGUCAAAGUACGUGCGACGUUAGCUUGAACUCGCUUGAACGGCACUUGCUGUUCCGGGAAUUGGCAAAUGGUAUCGCCGCCUGUUGCGUGUCUGUGUGUGAAAUCCUCAUAUGUUUGUGUGCGUAUGUGUGCGUGUGUGUGUGUGCACAGCUGAGCCUCCUCCGAAUUGUUUAUAAUUUUUUCGCCUGCUACUCAGGGAGAGCAGUAUGCAAAUGCUGUCAAAGCCGGUCGCGUCGCAUUCAUUGUUAUCGCCGUCGUCUUUGUUGAGCGUGCGCGCCGCUUAAGCGAAAGUGAUUUGUUGUUAUUAUUCCGUUUGUUCAACGCGCUUCGAUCGGUCAUUGCUUCAAUUGCCCAAUCAACGGCACUUGUGAUACCCUUUCCUGUUGCGCCACAGCGCGAUGCUGAGCAGCAAAAUGCAGCGCAGCUCACAUGGCAGCAUCAAGUCGUCCUUGUCGCUGCGCUCCAGCAGCAAAUCCUUUCAGGCCAAAAUGGACAAAAUGUCGGAGCAUCUGUACGAUAUUGUCAAGAGCGGCUCCAUGGUGAAGCGUGCCCAGAACAAGAAGCGUUUCACGCCCGUCAACUACAAACAUCGCUGGUUCGAACUGACCAAGCGUACAUUGUGCUACUACGAUGUGGAGAAUGUGGAGCGACGCCGCGAACGGGGCCGAAUUAAUCUGAAAGGCGUUCGCCUCGUGGAGGAGGCGACUGUUAACGGCGAGGGCGGCGAUCCCUUUGCGCCGGAUGGUUACCCGUUUCAAGUGGGCUACUGCGAGACGACAGCCGCACAGCAGCCGCAACAGACGGCGGACCAACAGCAACUGGGCGAGGGGCAACUGGUGGGCAGAGCGGUGCCGCAGUACACGCUCUACGUGAUAGCCAACAGCGAGAAGGAGCGCAGCGAUUGGAUACGCGCCAUACGACAAGUUUGCGAGGACAGCAACACGCCCAAGUCGUAUCGGUAUCAUCCUGGUCUCUGGUCCGGCAAGAAGUGGAGCUGCUGCAAGAAUCUAGCAAGGAGCACCUUCGGUUGCCGCGCCGCGGCUCACUGGCGCGAGGCCAACAAUAAUCCAAGCAACGGCAGUUCUCCAGCCCAGAAUUCGACGCGCAGCAUCAGUCCAAACAACUCGACGACCAACAGUCAAUUCAGUUUGCAGCACAACAGCUCCGGCAGCCUAGGUGGCUCCGGCAUUGUCGGCGUCGGAGUCGGAGUCGGUGGCGGACUCGGAGUCGGAGUCGGAGUCGGUGGUGUUGGCGGCAUUGUUGGCGGUGCAGGCUUGGGUAGCCCGAACGGCGUAGGAGGCGGCGGUGGCAGUUGCACGCCCACAUCGCUGCAGCCACAGUCCUCGCUGACAACGUUCAAGCAGUCACCCACUUUACUUAACGGCAACGGCGCUUUGUUAGAUGCCAACAUGCCCGGCGGAAUACCAACGCCCGGCACGCCCAACUCCAAAGCCAAGGACAAUUCACACUUUGUCAAGCUUGUGGUGGCGCUUUAUCCAUUCAAAGCCAUUGAAGGCGGCGACUUAUCAUUGGAGAAGAAUGCCGAAUACGAGGUCAUUGACGAUUCACAGGAGCAUUGGUGGAAGGUCAAGGAUGCACUCGGCAAUGUCGGCUAUAUACCCAGCAAUUAUGUGAAGCCCAAGGCGCUGUUGGGUCUGGAGCGUUACGAAUGGUAUGUGGGCGACAUGUCGCGACAACGCGCCGAGUCGCUGCUCAAGCAGGGCGACAAGGAGGGCUGCUUUGUGGUGCGCAAGUCAUCGACCAAGGGUCUCUAUACGCUAUCUCUGCACACCAAAGUUCCCCAGUCGCAUGUGAAGCACUAUCACAUCAAGCAGAACGCCCGCGGCGAGUAUUAUCUGAGCGAGAAGCACUGCUGCGAAACAAUUCCGGAUCUGAUUAACUAUCAUCGGCACAAUUCGGGCGGAUUGGCGUGCCGGCUUAAGUCAUCGCCCUGCGAUCGUCCGGUGCCACCGACGGCGGGCUUAUCGCACGACAAAUGGGAAAUCCAUCCCAUGGAGCUGAUGUUGAUGGAGGAGCUGGGCUCGGGCCAGUUCGGUGUGGUGCGUCGCGGCAAAUGGCGCGGCUCAAUCGAUACGGCCGUCAAAAUGAUGAAGGAGGGCACCAUGUCCGAGGAUGAUUUCAUUGAGGAGGCCAAGGUCAUGACCAAGCUGCAGCAUCCGAAUCUUGUACAGCUGUAUGGCGUCUGCUCCAAGCAUCGUCCCAUCUAUAUUGUUACCGAGUACAUGAAGCAUGGCUCGCUGCUCAACUAUUUGCGCCGGCACGAGAAUACGCUCAUCGGAAACAUGGGCCUCCUGCUGGACAUGUGCAUACAAGUGAGCAAGGGCAUGGCCUAUCUGGAGCGACACAACUAUAUACAUCGCGAUCUGGCGGCACGCAAUUGCCUUGUCGGCUCCGAGAAUGUUGUCAAAGUGGCCGACUUUGGACUCGCGCGCUAUGUGCUGGACGAUCAGUAUACCAGCUCUGGCGGCACCAAGUUUCCCAUCAAAUGGGCACCGCCCGAGGUGCUCAACUACACGCGCUUCUCUUCCAAAAGCGAUGUGUGGGCUUACGGCGUUCUCAUGUGGGAGAUCUUUACCUGUGGCAAAAUGCCCUAUGGCCGUCUAAAGAACACCGAAGUUGUGGAGCGUGUCCAGCGCGGCAUUAUACUAGAGAAACCAAAGUCGUGUGCCAAGGAGAUAUACGAUGUCAUGAAAAAGUGCUGGUCGCAUGGGCCCGAGGAGCGUCCCUCGUUCCGUGUGCUCAAAGAGCAGCUGGCGCUUGUGGCCCAAACGCUGACCGACUAAGCGGAUGCGGAUGCGAAUGGGAUGGCAAUGGAUCGACUCUGGUCUGGGAUCACGCACUGAUUAGCAAACCAACAUAAAUAUAUACAACUAAAUAUUAACUAUAUUUGAGAUAUGCUAUUCAGAUAUGAAGGCAUUAACUUAAGUAACAAAGCAAAGCAAAUUAUGUUUGGAUCGUGCAUAGUUUUUCAAAUAUGUAUGAACAGAAAAGUUGUAGUUGCAGCUAAAGAUUAUUCACAAUUAUAUUUAUAACACACUUUAUAUAUAUAUAUACAUAUAUAUAUGAGCUACAAAUGAUAUCAUUAUGUUUAUAUAUAAAUCGAAUUAGAUGUGUGUAUAUGUAUGUGCAAGGUUAUAGAGCGCGUUUAACUGGCAUACAGAAGCGAAAGCAAAAGAAAAACAUUAACUAUAUAUAUAUAUAUAUAUGGAUUAUAGUUAACUGUAGCAAAUAGUCAAAUUUUUGAUACAUUUCAUAACAAAUAUACGAUAUGCAUACAAAAUA